UGCUGCUCUGUGCACCAGCUGUGCUUCAGGUGUGUGUACAUAAAGAACAAGACAGCCUCCUCUUCAUCACUGCAUCACUCACCUGACACCUGAGCACCACCUCACAUUUACCUGACAGACCUUCAGACUUCAUCAUCCUCAUCUUCAUCUUCAUCAUGAAGGCUCUCUUGCUCCUCUCGGUUUUGCUCUGCGGGGCUCUUACAGCCACAGCUGCAGCAGUGGGAGCUGCUGAAGCUGCACCACAGGAGCUGCAGGAGGACAACCAGAUAUCAGAGGCAGAAAAUGAAGCUGGAGUUUUUGUUCCUGAAGAAGAAAAGCCUAGGAGUUUUUUUGCUGGAGAGAUGGCUCCAUCAGCUGAAGGUCGUUUUUUCGCGUGUCCCUCUGGCUGGGUCAGAUAUAAGAGCAGCUGCUAUCAGUUAGUGAGCUCCAGCAGAUCCUGGAGCAGUGCUGCGGCCCACUGUGCCAGUCUGGGAGCCUCCUUGGCUUCAGUCCAUGAUCAGUUUGAUUACAGUUUCCUCCAGGAGCUCACCAGGAGAGCAGGAUACACCAUCUCCUGGAUGGGAGGAUUCUACUUCCAGGGCUGGAGGUGGGUGGACCAGAGCUCCUUCAGCUACUCCUACUGGAGUACAGUGAAUUCUGCCAGCAGCUACCCAUGCGUCUACCUUAGAGUCUCUGGGGGCUGGUCCAAUCAUGCCUGCAGUACUACAUGGCCGUCUAUCUGCAUGAAGAGGACUGACACCUGCUAACCCUGACACCAGGAUACAGCUGUGUGUGCUGAUCUUAAUCAUAUUCCUUGCAAUGUGGUGCAGGACAUUUAGGAUUGGUGUUCGCAUAAAAACUUAGCUUUGAGUUCAGCAAAAAGAAUCAGAGGAGUUGUAUGUAUUAUAAGACAUUAUUGAAUGAGAUUUGUUGAUGACUUCAUGCUGUACAUAUAAAACAAACUACUGCAAAAUCAGAUCUGUAAAGAGGCCACCGUCCAGUUUUGAUGUUUUUUAAACUUUAGAAUAUGUGUUUUACAUAAACAUUAGAAAUUGAAAUACAUGUCAAAUAAUAAACAAUGUUUGAUGGA